GUUCUGGAUGCCGUCAGUCUGGAGGAGCGGUUCCGGAAGGCCCUGCCCAUGCUGACCCGUCAGAUCGAAGGACUCAAGCUGCUGCAGAGGAGCAGGAAGCUGAGUCCAGAUCACCAGAAGAGGGUUCUGUCGGUCCGUAAAGGUGGUGUGUUCCCCGGACGACAGUUUAACCUGGAGGAGGAAGAGGAGGAGGAGGAUGGAGACGACACGGCAGCUUUGGAGAGGAAGAUCCACAGAGCCGACAUGCCUGAAGGUGCCCUCCGAGUCUGUCUGAAGGAACUCAAGAGGUUGAAGAAGAUGCCUCAGUCGAUGCCUGAAUUCGCUCUGACCAGGAACUAUUUGGACCUGAUGGUGGAGCUGCCGUGGAACAGAAGCACUAAAGACUGCCUGGACAUCCGAGCAGCGAGGACACAGUUGGACAACGAUCACUACGCCAUGGACAAGCUGAAGAGACGUGUGCUGGAGUACCUGGCUGUGAGACAGCUGAAGACCUCACUGAAGGGUCCCAUCCUGUGCUUCGUCGGACCACCAGGAGUCGGGAAGACGAGCGUGGGCCGCUCCAUCGCCCGGACUCUGGGCAGAGAGUUUCACCGGAUCGCCCUGGGGGGCGUCUGUGACCAGUCUGACAUCAGGGGCCACAGGCGGACCUAUGUUGGCAGCAUGCCCGGUCGGAUCAUCAACGGUCUGAAGACGGUGGGGGUCCGUAACCCGGUCUUCCUGCUGGACGAGGUGGACAAGCUGGGGAAGAGUCUUCAGGGUGACCCUGCAGCCGCUCUGCUGGAGGUCCUGGACCCGGAGCAGAACCACAGCUUCACAGACCACUACCUGAACGUGGCCUUUGACCUGUCCCAGGUGCUCUUCAUCGCCACAGCAAACACCACAGCCACCAUACCCCCGGCUCUGCUGGACCGCAUGGAGGUGCUGCAGGUUCCAGGGUACACGCAGGAGGAGAAGGUGGAGAUCGCUCACCGUCACCUGAUCCCCAACCAGCUGGACCAGCACGGUCUGACCCUGCAGCAGCUGCUCAUCCCUCAGGACUCCACCAAGGACAUCAUCAGCAGGUACACUCGGGAGGCGGGCGUGCGCUCGCUGGAGAGGAAGAUCGGAGCGAUCUGUCGAGCCGUGGCCGUGAGGGUCGCUGAAGGUCAGGGGGUGGAGCCUGUGAGAGGGGAGGCGUGUCCUGCGCAGGAAGAUAAGGCGGCGCCGCCUGAACUUCCUGUCGUCGUGGAUCACGUCGCCCUGAAAGACAUCCUGGGACCGCCCCCUUUUGAAAUGGAGGUGUCAGAGAGGCUCACUCUGCCAGGUGUGGCUCUGGGUCUGGCCUGGACCCCUCUCGGGGGGGAGAUCAUGUUUGUUGAGGCCAGUCGUACGGAGGGGGAGGGUCAGCUGACUCUGACAGGUCAGCUGGGUGAUGUCAUGAAGGAGUCAGCUCACCUGGCCAUCAGCUGGCUGCGAGCCAACGCCAAGACCUACGACCUGACCAAUGUGAUGGGCGGUUCUGAUCCGCUGGACGGGACGGACAUCCACCUCCACUUCCCCGCCGGCGCCGUCACCAAGGACGGCCCCUCUGCGGGGGUUACCAUAGUAACGUGCCUGGCCUCUCUGUUCAGUGGUCGCUUGGUCCGAUCAGACGUGGCCAUGACAGGAGAGAUCACGCUGAGAGGCCUGGUUCUGCCGGUGGGCGGGAUCAAAGACAAGGUUCUGGCAGCCCAUCGAGCCGGAGUUAAACGGGUCAUCUUACCCAAACGCAACGAGAAGGACCUGGAGGAGCUGCCUGCUGACGUCAGAGCCCACCUGGACCUGGUUCUGACCAGAACCCUGGAGGAGGUCCUGAACGCCUCGUUUGACGGGGGCUUUCCAGGGACCAGGGGGAGGACAGCGGACCCCCAGCUCAGCAGCAAACUGUGACCGAGCAUCAGCAGAUCUCUUCAUGACCCGGUUCUGAUCCGGCUGCCUGACCUUUAGUUUUAGUCUUUAAUCUGCUCGACUGAUUCCUGAAAGUUCACCUGACCUGGUUUAACCUCCUGUAGGACCCAUCGUUAUCAGAUAAUUAAUGAUCAGUUACAGAUAACUAAUGAUCAGUUACAGGAUUUAACUGUUAAUAACAACUGAUUAUUAAUAACUGAUUGUUAACAGUUUAUCAGUUGUUAUUAAUCAGUUUAUUAAUCAGUUAUUAAUAAGUUUAUUUAUUAAUAAUAAACUGAUUAUUAACAGAUUAUUAUUAAUCAGUUUAUUACUCAGUUGUGUUAACAGUCAAUUGUAAUUAAUAAUCAGUUUGUUAAUAAUCUGUUAAUAAUCAGUUAAUAACAACCAGUUGUAUUAACUGUAAUCAGUUGUAACGAUGAACAUGAAGGAUAUCAGUGAUGUCAUCACGUCUUUGUUCUCAUUUUAUUCUGAUAAAGUGAAUAAAGUAAAGUUUUAUAACUCAGCAGUUGAACAGAUCCAUAAAAUAACUAAAGGUUUAAAUUUAAACGACAGGAAGUUAAACUGGUAGUAACCUGCUGACAGGAUGUUUACUGUGGUGGGAUGGAACUAAGUACAACUACUUUGUUGCUGUACUUAAAGUACAUUUUUCAUGUAUCUGUACUUUAAGUAGAUUUCAUCAUGGGUACUUUUGACUUUUAAUACACAUUUCUGUAAUGUGUUAAAUUAUAAAUUAGUGACAUUAUGGGCUGUUUGUUGGUUUAAAAGAUGUCAGUGGUGAACGGUAACUGAUCCAUUGAACCAAAGCAGAUUCUUCAUCACCUGCUGGAUCAUCAUCAUCAUCAUCAUCAUCAUCAUCAGGCCCACGGGGGACUCGUCCACACAGGACAUGAAAAAGUGAACUGGUUCAGAACGACUUGUUGAGCUUUGAUAAAGACGUUUGUGGUGAAUUUACAACUUGUGUAGUUGUUGUCACAACCUGUGAUGAGCAGAGGGUAAACACACAAACAUGAAGUAUCUUUGUUCACUGAAAUGACAUCAUUGUAUUAAAAUACACAGGAGGCACGCUGCAUACUGUAGAGCAGUGGUGAAUACAUCAAGUACUUUACUUUUAAGUAUUUUUAAAAGCAAGUACUUACAAGUAAAAAAUGUUAAGCUUUACUUUUACUAGAGUACAUUCUUCUGUUUAUCUGUACUUUUAAUGAAGUACAGUGUUACAGUACUUUCUCCACCACUGAGUAUUUAUACAGCCUGUCUUUAACGAUUCUCUGGAAUUAAACAGUAUCUUACCUGCUGCA